CCUGAUCAAAAUCAGGAACUGCCAGCACAGAGAGAACAGUCAGUCAGGGGUAAUAAAGUGCAGACGUCGAGAGGCAUUUAUCACCAUUUCACUUUCCUUUUUUUAUUUGUAGAGUAACAGAAGAAAAAAAUAACUAAAGGAUUAAUUUGCUAUUCCAACUUUUGUUCCUUAUGUAACAAAGAGAAUUUAGUUAGAGCUGUAUGCCUGAGACGAUUUUACAUUACAGAAUGGAUGGUUGUGUCAUUUCCUCAUCAUCAGACGAAAUUGUUGCAUAUGAUCAAGUUUUCCGGCCACAGUAUGAUUUUUUUCCAUAUAUAACCAGUGAUCCAGAUGGUCAUAUCGGCGUCAUUGGGCAUCAAGGCAGGAUACACCCUGGACGGAGUGCCAACCCAUUGCAGGAGACUGGAUGGGAUUAUCACACUGAUCACACUCACCAGAGUGAGCUGGAGGUCCCUUCGAGUGGUCACUUCACUGAACUACACCCCGCAGCCUACUACUAUGGGGAUAUGGAGUCUUACCACCCUCCUCUGGAUUCAAGCCUGGGGACUUUUGUGCCUGUGGUAACACCUCAGUUUGCAUAUGUCCCUCACCCAGUGUACCAGCGCUCUCCUCCCGCUCACUGCAGCACAGACGACGAGGACACAGGAGCACGCAGUCCACCAUUUGAGGUGUCUGAGGGAGAAGAGGAUCAUGAGUCACACCUUGCUAGCACUUCCACUAGCAUAACAGGCAACAAAAGAAAAAUGCGUCUUUAUCAGUUCCUUCUGGAGCUGCUCAGAGAGGGGGAUAUGAAAGACUGCAUUUGGUGGGUGGACAGAGAGAGAGGCACCUUUCAGUUCUCUUCCAAACACAAGGAGGUGCUGGCCGGCCGCUGGGGCCUGCAGAAGGGCAACCGCAAGAGAAUGACCUAUCAGAAGAUGGCUAGAGCCCUGCGCAACUACGGCAAGACAGGAGAGGUCAAAAAAAUCAAAAAGAAACUGACAUACCAGUUCAGUACCGAGGUGCUGAGGAGGAUGUCAGUAGAAAAAAAAUAUCACUGAGAGCUGAUUCCUACUGCUCCUAGCUGCAAGAUGACCACAGAGGCAGGUCUUCUUUCUCUACAUUUUCUCAGGGACUCCACAUUCUACAAUAUAUCUGGGAUAUUUUUAUCCAUACUGUCUAUAUUAGUAUUUUUUUCUUACUUCUCCACUCAACUAUGGAAACUAAAAUAUUUUGUGAUUGAAAAUGAUUGACAGUAUGACAAGUUCCAUAUAUCGGAGAGGACUAAAGACAGGUUUCUUUGUGGAUUGGUAGUGAAAUGGGAAAUCUACUGUUAACAGCAGUUGAAUAUCUCUAUGUGGAUUAGGGAACUUGGUGUGUACUGUCCCCUAUAGGUUUAAUACUGCAUUUAGACUGCACAAAACAAAAUCCAGUUUUUCCACUGAUCAGUAGUGCUUAAACAGAAAGCAGACAAAAACUGUUACAUAUAGACACACAUUUUAUUUAUACUAUAAUGACAUACAUUCCAAAUUGAAUGGCCUUUGUGGUGGCUUGCUGACAUAUUAUAUUAUUUCAAUAAAAGUACACAUACAACGUGUAGAGUUGUAAAACAAA